UUUGAGAUAAUCCUACCCUUUUCCAAUAGGUUCUGUUCUGAUAGAAUCGGAUCUCAAGGGAUUAAACUAUUAUAGCGCCCGGACUAUUGGACUCAUUCCAAAGUCUUAUAUGCCAUCGUAUGUCAUCCACAUGUGGAUUCUUUUCACCAAUGCCUCAACUACGCAUCAAACAGGAUAAACCAAGGCCGUAUCUGUCAUUCAACCACCAUUCUUGUUUAUGUCUCGGCCUGAUGACAUUUAUACAUUAAUUAUUUAAGCGCCCGCAUUGUUUAAAAAACAAUACCCCAUUGGUUGUUUACUUUCUAAGUCUAACGGAUGGUUUAGGGGAUCCUCUAUCUCCUUCAAGCUUCAACUUCAUAUGGCUGACUCGCAUAUUCCACUUAUGGGAAAACUUAUGUGGACUCUCGAGGUACUCAGCUACCUAAUUAUCCCUCUCAGUUCUCAGAUUCACCAACUCUUUUUGUAGUUGUUUCAACUCAGCGAUUUUCUGUCUUGUCCCUUCGAGAUCUUAGGAUGUUUUUUUUUUCUUUUUUAAAGUUGUCCUCUGCAGCUCUUCUUAUGAUAUGAAGGUCUUCUUUGCAACAACGUAUUAAUUGUUUUGCUUUGAGAGCUUAAAAAAUAAGUAAUACCUCCGAUCUUCAUUCAAAGAGAUCUGCAAAUGAAAAUAUCUUUUGUUAUCACAUACAUAUAGACAAUGCUGAUUUAAAGAGUACUACUUGUGGUACCUUCGCUUAUUUGAUGCUUGUUGUUUACUGCAAUUUUCAACUUAGCUCUAGUGACGUGGUAGGGUUUUGGAUAAAUAUUCAUAGGUUUGAAUUUUGGAUCCUUCGAAACUAUACAUAUUUUCCUGGAUUUUGUUCAGUGCAAACUAGUGAAGAAUCAAAGCUUAAAUUCUCUGAAGACGAGGAAACACUUAUAAUUAGGAUGUAUAAUCUGGUUGAAGAGAGGUGGGCUUUAAUCGCUGGGAGAAUCUCUGGAAGGAUAGCGGAGGAAAUUGAAGAGUAUUGCAAUACUAGGUACUCCACAAGUGAUUAAAAAACCUGGACGAUCGAUACUAUCCUCUUCCAAAUAGUCGAUAUUUUUGAGAGAACUGAUGCCAAUUACAGACAACAGAACAUGUUGGUUACUUGUUGCAGCCACCUAAAACGGGUCAAGAAGAUCUUAAGCAGUUCAACUAACUUGAAAACUGGAAUACGCAUGUUCUUGUAACUCUUCAAGCAAGUGAUGUGUUUUAUAUUUUGGGCUUCACCACUUUCUCUUAUCAUGAUCUUACGGUCGACUAUCUUCAUUGUAAGGGUUUACAUUCGUAAUUCCAAAGCCUAUUCAAUUAGCCAAUGAAAGUUCUCAGUUCAAAUGUCGACUGUGAGAGUUUGUCCAUAUGUAUUCGAUUUUGAUUUCUUAUCUCUUUUCAUCGUUUGAAAAGAAACUGAGCAGAAA